GCUCUGAUUAGCCUGUUGCUUUCAUGUCUUAAUUUUGCAUAUCUGUUCCAAAUCCUAGCGUGUCUUAGGAAGUUAAAUACAUAAUUGAAAGACAUCAUGGGUAUAUCCGUCGCCUACACGACUCCCAUCACCUUACUUUUAUCAUUAAUUUUCUCACGAACUAGAGAUCAUUAAGCCAUUUUCUCUUUCUGCUUAAAAACAGGAGAAUUGGAGCAGUUUAAAAACGAAAAGAAUGGAAAAACUGGGGAGGUCUUAAAUAGAUUUAGAAAUUAGAGUUGAAGAAAAAGGCUCUACCAAUCAUGUGUUUGAGCAAGCCUUAGUAAAGAUGACCAGCUUUACUCCACACAAAUAAGAACACAAAGCUUAUCACUUUUUCUCUCACAAAAAAAGAAAAUAAAGACGGAAAUAAGAACCCAUUGAAGCAGUCAUGGUUGCAACCUUAUGGGUGGAGCUUUCAUCCAUCAAGAACAAAUAGACUCUACCCAACAACAGCAUUACCAGUUCAAGCUUUGUUUCCCUGUCAAAGCUAAAAGCUUUUGGGUUUCAAAAUCUGUUAGAAGCUUGUGCUACAGAGCUAUAGAUUCAAAUUGUUGUUGCUUACAGAGGUUAGAGUAUAGUGGUAUGAUAGUUAACAACCCUGUUUUUUGUGCUUCACCUGGUCUCUUUGAAGAAGAGAAAGCUGAAAUGGAGGGUUCGGUUGAGAAAAACGAAAGCUUAGGUGAAAAUGGGGUUCAAAUGGGGACAUUUGCUGAGUUGCUUGAAGACGAGGGUCUUGAAAGUAGUUCAAGUUCUGAUCUUUUGACAUCAGAAACAACAGGGCACGAGGAGCAACAUAGUCACAUUAGUUCUGAGGAAGGUUCAGCUUCACCAACUUCAUUGGGUUGGCCGGUACAGGAAAAUGCUGAGACAGAAGAUUGCACCAGUACUAAUUGUAGUGAAGAUGAACAAAAACCCCCCUUGGAUGAUAGGAAAUUAGAGAAACAAGACUCCACAAUUUCAGAGAUUGAGUUGAUGAAGGAAAGAUUUGCAAAAUUGCUGCUUGGAGAAGAUAUGUCAGGGUGUGGAAAUGGUGUUUGCACAGCCUUGGCUAUUUCAAAUGCAAUCACCAAUCUUUGUGCCACCUUAUUUGGGCAAAUAUGGAGGUUAGAACCACUGCCGCCUGAGAAGAAAGCAAUGUGGCGAAGAGAGAUGGAAUGGCUUCUUUCUGUUAGUGAUCACAUUGUUGAGUUGAUACCCUCGUGGCAGACUUUCCCGGAUGGAAGCAACCUUGAGGUUAUGACUUGCAGGCCCCGAGCAGAUCUUUACAUUAACCUCCCAGCUUUAAGAAAAUUGGACAACAUGCUUCUUGAGAUAUUAGAUAGUUUUGUCGAUACAGAGUUCUGGUAUGUUGACCAAGGGAUUCUAGCCCCAGAGGCUGAUGGAUCAACCUCUUUCCGAAAAGUCCUUCACCGUCAAGAGGAAAAAUGGUGGCUUCCUGUGCCUCGAGUGCCUCUAGGAGGCCUCCAUGAGAAUUCAAGAAAGGAGUUGCAGCAUAAACGUGACUGUGCAAAUCAGAUCCUAAAAGCUGCCAUGGCAAUCAACAGUAUUACUCUAGCUGACAUGGAAGUCCCUGAAUCAUAUUUGGAAUCUCUUCCGAAGAAUGGCCACGCAUGCUUAGGAGAUCUCAUUUAUCGCUAUAUUUCUUCGGACCUGUUUACUCCUGAAUGUCUUCUUGAUUGCCUUGGUUUGUCCUCUGAGCACCAAGCUAUAGAGAUUGCCAACCGAGUAGAGGCCUCAAUAUAUGUGUGGCGCAAAAAGAUAAACUCCAAACCUGUCAAUAACACAAGCCGAUUUAGUUCAAAGUCGUCAUGGGAUUUGGUCAAGGACCUAAUGGUUGAUGCUGACAAGAGGGAAAUACUUGCAGAUCGAGCGGAGAGCCUCCUGCUUUGCUUGAAGCAGAAGUUCCCUGGUCUUCCCCAGACCACUUUAGAUAUGAGCAAAAUUCAGUACAACAAGGAUGUUGGGAAAUCCAUUUUGGAAAGCUACUCAAGAGUUUUGGAGAGCCUGGCAUUUAACAUUGUUGCACGGAUUGAUGAUCUGCUCUAUGUGGAUGACUUGACAAAGCAUUCAGAUCAAUUCUCUUCACUGUCCAGAGUUGGUGUAAUCGGCCAGAAGAGUCUUUCAAUUCCAUACUCAGUGGCCUUCUCAAGCACUCCUUAUAGAACAGCAUUUACCACCCCAAACUUUUCACCAUCACAGCUGGUCAGCCCUGCGAAGGGAGAAAGAUCACCAUUUCUCACAAGCAGCAAAGUUCCACAGCUUGGGAUGGGCGUGAAAAAGGUCUUGACAGAUUAUCUUAGUAUUGAUUUAAGAGGGAAGGAAUACAGCAAUCCAAAUGAGGGAACAGAAUCAGGUUCUAGCACAUCUGUAUCUUUUGAAUGUCUAAAAGAGGCAAUGAGCCUAUCAAAACACGAGCCAGUGCUGGAGAAAGAACCCUGAGGUUGCACACCGUGAACCAAUUUCCCGAGAAAGCAGUCUAUCACAUGGCUCAUUUUUUUUUUUUAUACAUUUGGUAGAAUUAGGAAGAUGCUUGAGAAUGGCGAACAUUUACCCUGUUAUUUAAAUUUUAUGCUCAGUAGAUGUCUAUAAAUGAUAAUGAAUUGAGUGGUUCAUGCUUCUGAGGGCAGCAUUUAUUGUCUCAAAGUUGUUGCUGGCAGAACAUUUCGUGGAUCAAACGUAGGAUAGAAAUGCCAAACUACCAUUUACUUGUCUAUAUAAACUACAAAAGAAACUUAAACGUCAGAUCUCAGUGUCAGUGGUGACAUCAAGUAGUUUUCCCAUAUCUAGUU